UUUGUGGCGCGGCCGUGGCAAUGGCGCAGCCUUGCGGGAGUCGCCCUGUCACUAUCAGCGACGUGCAGCAGCUGGUUAAGAAGAAGGACGAGAUCGAGGCGCAGAUCAAGGCUUGCUAUGAGCUGCUGGAGAGUCAAAAGGGCGUCGGGAUGAACGAGCCGCUGGUGGACGCCGAGGGGUUUCCCCGUGACGACAUCGACCUCUACCAAGUGCGAACCGCCCGACACAACAUCAUCUGUUUGCAGAAUGAUCACAAGGCCCUGAUGAAGCAGGUGGAGGAAGCUCUCCACCAGUUGCAUGCCCGGGAGAAGGAGAAGCACGCCAAGGAUGAGGCAGAGGCACUGGCUGAGGCUAUGAGCCAGAAUCAGAGCCUGCCACAGGCCUUUGCCAAAGUGAACGCAGUGACUCCAGGGUCUCCUGCAAGUGUCUCGGGACUUCAGGUAGAUGAUGAGAUUGUGGAGUUUGGUUCUGUCAAUGUAAACAACUUCCAGAACCUGCAGAACAUUGCCACAGUGGUGCAGCACAGUGAAGGGAGACCCCUGAGCGUGACUGUCAUCCGUGGUGGCAAAAAAGUGCACGUGGGGCUGACUCCAAAGCGCUGGGCUGGGAAGGGCCUCCUGGGCUGCAAUAUCAUUCCUUUGCAAAGAUGACUACUUUCCAGAAAACAUUAAAGCUGAAGUUUGUGCCUGCUUUCCAGACUCUGAUCUGCUUUGAAAUCUUCCCUACGUGUUUUUGCUGGGAUGGAUGUUUCAGAGGCUGUGAUCUCUAGGUGCCAGGCUUGAAGAGUCUGAAGAGGUUCUGACAGAGCAGGGUCUGACUGUGGUUCAGAAUUGCACUGGUUCAUCAGGAGCAGCUUGCAGACCUGCAAGAUGUGGCUUUAUAUCUCUUACAUCUUGUGUCAGUUUGGAAUGAGGCUGUGAAGAGACCCAAACUUCACUUGAUAGAGGCUCAAAAAGCAUGAAAUGCUCUUACUUGGUGAUAAUGGAACAUUCCUUUUUAUCCCUUACAAAAUUCCUCACUGCUCAUAACUCUAAUAGAGGCUGAGGAGUCCUGGAGCACUUUUUGUCAUCUGUAAUAGUUGAUGACAGUCAAGAAGUACACAACUUUAAUGCUUUAUCUUCCCCAGGUUACCACAGCUUUUGAAACAUGAUGAAAUAAUUUUUGAAUGCCUAAUUAUUUUAAGUUAGUGAGGUAAAGAAUGGAGGUUGUAAUUCUGCUUUGAUUUAAUUUUAGUUGAUACAGUCCUGAUGAAAGUACUCCUGAUCUGUUUCUCUUAUUUCAUAUUUGUUUAUCUGUGGUAGCUGGGUUCAGCAUGUAUAAACUCUUUGAGGGGAUUUUGGGGCUGAGUGGUUUAAGCUUGUUUGAACUUCAAAAUACUCUCCCAAAACAAUAAAACAGA